CACACACACACACACACACACGUGACUUGAUUGGUUGAAGCAGAGACUGAGGCGCUGCAGCUCUCAGCUACAGUCUCAUGGAACUGGAUGGUGAGCAGUGAGCAGUGAACAGUGAAUAUUGGAUACUGAUCAGUGAACAGUGCAGCCCAACUCAAGGUGACGUCACUGGACUGAACUCUUCACGGACACGGUCACUCAUCGGUAAGCAGGAAGUCAGCGUCUCUAACUUUUGAAACAAAUGACAGAAGGGUGGUGAUUCUACAACUGCAGCAUGCAGCCGGGAUUAUCAAGCAAAAGCGAGCUCUUUGACUCUCUGAAGGUGUAUCUGAACAACAAGAAAAGACUACAACCCAUCAUUGGCCUGGGCAGCAUCAUAGAGUAUGUGAAGGCGGGGGCACAGCGCAGAGAAGCAUCGUACCUCUGCGAGGUGUGUGUGUGUCGACUUAAUAAAGCCGACAUGCGUAACCACAUCAUGGGAAGUCUCCACAGAUACAACUACAUUAAAGCCUGGCACCCCCAGCUAGUGUGUGAAUGGAAGGAGAACUCUGACCUGUCGAGGCUUGCCUGGCCACUGAUGGAGAUUGCCAAGAAAAUCGAAGGAAAAGAGGGGAGUGGAGAUGUCCAGUUAAUAGAGGUUGAAGACGUUCUGUACCAGAAGAUGGCAACGCUCAGCGAGAAUGAUGCAGUAACUCUGAUACAAACAGUAAGAGAUUGGCAGGGUGAACCUGAGAGCCACUCUCAGACUACAUCUGUUCAGCUCGAGCAACAUUCCCUCCAAUCGCAGAGGAUUGUGUUGCUCGGUCGCAACCAACUGCUCAGGAGUGAGAGAUCCCUCGAUGCUGAUGUGAUCUCGCGUAAGACGUCAACGCAGACCAACAACCCUCAUCUGACGCAUUCAAGUGCAGCUCCUACUAUUAAGUCAGAGGGCUGGUUAACAAACACCUCAACACCACAGUCAAACAACAUUGAGGCCACUGUGUUCUCAGAGAACAGCAGCAGCUUUCUUGAUGGCUACACAGGAACCAAGCCUCUUAUUGGUCUAUGCCGCGUGGUCGAGUGCAGGAGUGACACUGGCUGCACCUAUGUUUUCUUAUGCCACUGCUGCCGCGUCAGAUCCAACAAAAGGGACAUCAUUGAUCACCUGACCGGCUCUUCCCAUCUCAUCAACUACUUGAUGGAAACUCAUCCUGAGCAGGUGGAAGCAUCGACUGCAGAUAAUAAUGACAGCUUUCUCCAAUCACUGGCCGAGAAAGUGGAGCGAGAGGAAGGCAGAGGAGAUCUGAAGUUUUUAAACAUCUUAUGUUCCCAGGUGAUAAACGCACCAGAAUCACUCUGUAUCCCACUGACUGGCAAAAGUUACCACUGGUGUAUGAGGAUGCUGUGUAAUGGAUGGAAAACAAGCACCCAAAAAAACAAAUUAACUGUCAGAGGGCAUAGAGUGAACAAGACCUUGGUUGAAGGUGUGACAGAGAAACAUGCUGCCCCUCUGUCAAAAUGGGUGAAAAGUAAGACAGCGAGGAGGAAGAAGGGGAAAGUGGCUGAUACUUUAUUUACGGUAAGCCUGCCUCUUACCAAAGGUCCAGUGGUGCUGCAGAGGACGUCUUUCAGCAAGGACAGCCUCCCAGUGUCUCCUUCACCACCACCGGACCCGCACUUCUUCCCAUCGCCAGAGUCCGACACUGGCGACCGCGUGUCGGUCUGCGAUGCUGGAUCGUUUGCCGUUGACCAUACUGAACAUGACCUCUACAGUGGAGAUGCAGAGGACAGUCAAUACAUGGUUGAUAGUUAUUCCAGUUAUAAUGAACAAUUCAGCCAUUCCAAAGACACAACUGAGAGAGAACACCACAAGGGUUAUGUGGAAAGGAAUUAUAACAGACACCACAGUUCUCAAGAGAGAUCAAGAGGGAACUUUGAUGAAGGGAUGGCAACAGAAGAGCGACACGAACACACGGAGGAGCUGUCAGCUGCCGUCCCCAAAAGUUACAUUUUCUGCCCACCUGAGAUGGGUUAUGCUGAAGAGUGGUAUCACCAACAACUGCUCCAAAAUCAUCACAUGGCACCAGAUCAUAUGAGUCCCCUGACAGCCACUGUGGGGCAUAGUGGUGAGGUGGCUCGUCAUUCAGACGCUGCUCAGAUCUACAUGUGUCCUCAGUUAGGAGACGCACUUGCUAACAGUGGCAGUGUAGCACCAGAUACUAACGUGUACUAUCCGGGGACUGAGCAGAGACAAGUGCCAACAUACAUGGAGUUCACUGCUGGCAAUGUCCAGAUACGUCCACAAUGUUAUAUGAUGCAUCCUCUGGCCUAUCCUGGUGUCCAAACAGGCCACAGGGCGAUGUCUGAGCCCAGCUACGGUGAUGGACAGACAACAAAACCUGAAUGGUACUUUCCCUAUCUAGACAGCAGCGGUGGUGGGGGCAUGUCCUGGUCAAAUGCUUUCAUCCCACCCGUACCAUCUCUGUAUUAUGCAACCCACUCUGAUUUCAAUCCCAGAGACACAAGGCCGUUGAGGGUUGAUGAUUUCCAGGGGUGGCGCUAAAACAACUCCAUUUAUGCAUACAACCCAAUUUAAAUUAUGAAGACUGCCGCACAUCACAGUUCUACUCAAGUUAAAAGAGUCUCCAUGCUGUUGUAUUGUGCUCACAUAUAAAAUAUAUCUAGUUUCUAUUAGAAAUGUAAUCGGAAGGAUGUUUUGCCUCAGAUCAGAAAUCAGACUUUUGACUUUCAGUUUCAAUGUUAUUUUAUGUUAUUUUUGUUUGACAUAUUUUCUUUGACGUGCUUUUAAAAGCAGUUGUUAUGGAGAAGAUGCGUAUUAUUUUUUUAUUUAGAAAGAUAUUUGUAUUGAUAACCUUUGUUAUUUAUCUAUGAGUAUUAUGAACAUGAUUCCUCCUAUGCAGACAAGAUCAAAGAUGUGUAAAGUGCUGGACUGGAUAUAUCAUUUAUUUGCUGUAUUUUCAAGUAUUUUGUACAUUCUCUUGUAUCCUAACCAAGUGAAGGAGAGAGACAUUUCAGUGUUUUCAUUCUUCUGAGUUCUGAGCCAAAGCAGCAAAGUGAUAAAAAGAGAGAGAAAGUGUAAUCAGGUGUCACAUUAUACACUGAACUAACACCCACAUUUGUUUUUCUGCUGGAUCAUCAUGAAUGUUUAUACUGAGCCUCAGUAACUCAGAAAAAUUGACUUUAAAACCCAUCAAAUGUGUGAUGGCUCACUUUAAGUUUGUGCUCUAGCUAAUUGGUUCUACUUUGGGUUAAAAAACCUGAAGCUUAUCGUGAAAUGUGAAAUGUCCUGCUCAA